UCCCCACAAUGCACCUCAAAGUUUGUAGCUUGCCAGUUCGGUCAAAGAGGUUUUCUCAUCGAUGUUGACCUAGUUUUGUGCAAUUAAUAGUCAAUAUUGAGAGGAAGUGAAUUUCCGGAUUCACGUAUUUGCUGGCUUUGAAGUAAACUAGUAACUUAGCGUAUGCAAAUAUGUUAGUUAUUGUUAAUUGUUUUUAAAUAGUUUAUUCAGUCUCCACAUUGUUAGCUAUAGCUAGUAAGCUGUCUUCUCACUGGAGACGUUAGAGCUAGCCUACAUUAGUUAGACGAUAGCUAACGUUAGCUAGACAUCACUCCAGUUCCAGCUAUUGAUAUUCAGUCAUCUAGAGUUUAUGCAGAACGGUGACCAGCAUUACAGCAUGGAAGAUGAAACCUACACGGACAUCGACGGCAAGGCCAUCUCUCUGGAGUGUCAAAGUCACUCGGGUUUCUGCAGGGAGUUCACGGUUAGCUCGGCUAAAGUCUCCAUAGGCAGAGUGAUGGCUUACACUUGCGCCGUCUGGCUAUCGGCCUACAUCAUAUUCUUCGUCACUGAGAACACAGCCGUUCUCUCCAGUGCCAUAAUCAUCACCCUGGUCGGUAUGAUGGUUCACAUCCACUUUGUGAAGGUGGACCAUGAGACGCUGCUCAUCAUUGGUUCUCUGGGUGUCCAGGUGUCUUCUAGCUACGCCUCCGGCAGGGAGUCUACAGACUUCAUAGAGAUGGGCAAGAUCAAAGACAUAGUAAUUAAUGAAGCUAUUCACAUGCAAACAGUCAUCUACUAUCUUUGCAUCCUCUUGAAGGACCCCUCAGAUCCAGAGGCAGUGUCUAGCGUGGUCCCGCUGUUUCAGAGCUCAAAACCAAGGCUGAACUGCCUGGUCAAAGUGUACAAGAGCUGCCAGGAGAUUCUAGCUAAGUGCUGAUGGUGAUGAUGUCAUUUGGUAAACCGUUUGGGUGAACUACACUGACGUCAUGUUGGAAAAGCACAGUCGCUGACAUCACUGCAUACCGAUGUUUCAAACUACUGACUUCACCGCAUACCGAGUCAUGCAACAUGUUUUGAAUGUUUCUCUGAUUGUGUUAACAAUUCCCAAUGGAAAGAAAAACUGAUGAUACACCUAUUAUUGUUUUAUCUACUUUUUGUCUUUUUUUGAAAAAUUAUUUUCAGGUCAUUUUCCACACACCAGUUUUUAGUAAUGCAAGACAAGAUCCAUUAGGUCAUCCCACUAAAAUAUACUAUACUCUUUAAGAUUCUCAGUAAGAGAGUAGUUUAUGAAUGUAAGUCCUUAUUUAGUGUUACCUAAUGUUGUUAUUUACUUCUAUGUCUUAGAAUCUACUUGAACAGUGUUUACCUGGAACUAUGUCCCUACUUGAUAAGCUCGAUAACUUUAAGGAUUUCCUGUUGCAACUAUGAAUUUAGAAAUAACCUCUUUUUUCUCCUUAGAUGCAAAUUUUUAUAUUAUUAUAUAUUUACAAAUAUUGUAUUCCAUUUGAAGAGUUAAUAGUAUUUAUCAUGUAAUUUAAAUAAGAAUUUGUUCUUAAAACUGACUUGCCUAGUUAAAUAAAUAAAAAAUAUUUUCAAAA